UAGGAUGACAGUGCUAAGCGACGUUUUGUAACAUCCAUUAAACCCCCCAACCCGAAGCAGUUUAACAAUGUUAACGGUUAGACCACUUUGACCGAGUCAGGCUUGUUUAUCAGAGAUGUUGUCAUGGAUCGCAGCUCUGCUGACGGGAAUCCUCUCCGCGCAUCUCGCGCAGCGCUUGUGUUUUCCAUACUUCUGGAAAGACGCUUUGUAUUUAAUGAAAGUCAUACGGUACGGAGCGCGUCUGGAGAUCUACAAAAGAUCCUCGCGAGUCGUGACGGUCGUAGACAGGUUUGUUCAACAAGCCCAGCGGAUCCCUCAGAAAGCCUUUGUGGUUUAUGAAGGUGUAACGUACACAUAUGGAGAGCUCGAGGCGCGCAGCAACAGGAUCGCGCGCGUGUUCCAGGACGCGGUGAGGACGGGAGACACGGUGGCGCUCCUCAUGAGCAACGAGCCCGACUUCAUCGCGGUUUGGUUCGGCUUCUGCAAACUGGGCUGUGCCGUGGCGUUCCUCAACACCAACAUCAAGACCAGAUCACUGCUGCACUGCUUGAACUGCUGUGGAGCCAAACUACUGGUGGUCGGAGCAGAUCUUCUAGGCUCUCUGGAGGAGAUUCUCCCAGGUCUGCGGGAGGGUGGUGUGUCCGUGUGGGGUUUGAGUGCAGCGAGCGCUCAUCCUGAUGUGCACAGUCUGCUGGAUCAGAUGGAGAGCGCUUCACAUGAGCCCGUCCCAGCCGAGCGCCGCUCCGUUACCUGCCUCAAAACCCCUACGCUCUACAUCUUUACCUCUGGCACUACCGGGCUGCCCAAAGCUGCAGUCAUCACACACUUGCAGUCUCUGAAAGCAGCAGCUGGGUUUUGGGCAUACGGCGGGACAGGAUGUGAUGUCAUCUACACGCCCCUCCCCCUGUAUCAUAGUGCAGCCUCGCUUGUAGGCAUUGGAGGGACCAUUGAAUUGGGUGCGACCUGUGUCCUGAAGAAGAAGUUUUCAGCCUCUCAGUUCUGGAAUGACUGCAGGAAACACAAUGUCACCAUAUUCCAGUAUAUAGGAGAGCUUUGCCGAUAUCUGUGCAAUCAGCCUGUGGCAGAGAAUGAGAAGGAUCACAAGGUGCUCAUGGGUGUUGGGAACGGUCUCCGGCAGGACGUUUGGAGAGAGUUCCUCCGACGUUUCGGGGAGAUCCGCAUGUGUGAGAUCUACGGCUCCACUGAAGGAAACCUGUGCUUCAUGAACCACCUCGGCAAGGUCGGAGCCGUUGGCCGCUCCAAUUUCUUUUACAAGUUGAUUUUUAAGUAUGAUCUGGUGAAGUAUGAUCUGAUCAGAGAUGAGCCUGUGAGAGACCACAAUGGAUUCUGCCAGCAUGUUCAGAAAGGUGAGACGGGACUGCUGCUGUCGAAGAUCUGCAGUCAGAGUCCGUUCUUCGGAUACGCUGGAAACAAACAGCUGACAGAGAAGAAGAUCCUGCGAAACGUGUUUGUCAAAGGAGACGCUUACUUCAACACUGGAGACCUGAUGGCUGAGGAUGAGGACAACUUCAUCUGCUUCAAAGACAGAGUGGGAGACACUUUCAGAUGGAAGGGUGAAAAUGUUGCGACCACCGAGGUGACAGAGAUACUGGGACUGGUAGAUUUUAUUCAGGAAGUCAAUGUGUAUGGAGUCCAGGUGCCAGGAAAUGAGGGGCGUGCUGGUAUGGCUGCAGUGAUUGUGAAGCCCGAGUGCACGUUUGAUAGAGAGAAACUGUUCAAUUUUGUCCUCAAAGAGCUGCCAUCAUAUGCUAGACCUCUCUUCAUUCGACUGCAGGAGUCUAUGGAGAUGACCAGCACGUUCAAGCAGCAGAAGUUCGGUCUGGUGGAGAGUGGCUUCAACCCGUCCACCAUCACCGACCCGCUCUUCUUCCUGGACUACACAGAGAAAAGCUACAUUCCCCUCACCAGCUCUGUCUAUGAUAGUAUAUUAAAUGCUCAGAAGAAAGUCUAGCGCGAGCCCUUGACAGCAACCUUAGACAGUACCUUAGAGAACUGAUUUAGCCAAGCUGACGCUGAGGUACUCGCCAACUCGUUUGUAGCGCUGUAUAUCCGAUCAGCUUCUGUAGUGAAUUAUUGAUCAGAGCUGCAAACCGUGUCAUUCAGUGAAGAGUUUGAACCGUGUCAGAGUUUGUAGAUAUCUAAGAGGCCAAUGAAGAUGUGCUCCGAGUGGACAUGAGCGAACAGUUGCGUGUGCUGAUAUCGACACAGGAAGUGCACAAAGACCUUGAGCUAUAGAACAGGCCAUCUGGGUAAUAUAGGAUUGUGAAUGUGUGUGAGUGUGUGAGAGAGAGAGAGAGAGAGAGAGAGAGAGAGAGAAGGAAAAGCUUUUAUAUUUGGUGACUAAAGAUUAUGUUCAAAACAGAUACUUUCACAUAUUGCUAUAGUGUGUCAUAUGAGCACAUCAAGCUUUAACAUUCCACAAUGCAACUCAAUCCCAGUGAAAUUGAAUGGUUACAGUUAAAUUUACAGUAAAUGAUGUAAAAAGUAAUUCCAAACCAAAUUCAGCACUUACAGUAUAAUCGUGUAUGUUGUUUUCGCUGACUUAUGAAGCCAGUCUUACUGACAUCUUUUUGACAUCAGUCUUGUCUCUUGAGUGGCUAUGUGUGUUUGAUUUAUUUUAAUAAAACUGGCCAUUUUUUUUAAUGUUGAUGUGUAAUGUUAUAAUUAUGUGUAAUAUACACAUGCACUGUGAAUACUUCAAAUACACAGACUAAGUCUGACUGUAUGUAUUUAAUUUUUUUUGCGAUACUUCUGAGCAUCAUAGAAAAUGAAUAUUUUCUUCUUUUUGGUUGAUUAUUAUUUUGUUUUAGUCUUGUUAAACAGGGUUGAAACAUUUGAGAUUCACUGUGAAUUAUAUUUAAAGCAUUUUUUAAAAGCUUUUUCUUUUCAAAAAUAUGUGCAAUGAUGUCAAUCAGUUUUAUUUACUGAAUUAUUUUAUAGUAAAUGACAAUUGUGUUUACAUGCAUUAACGUUUUCAAUGUAUGGUGAAAAGCAUGUCAGAAACCAAUGCAAGAAAAAGACAGCAAAGCAUCACUCAUUUCAAACGUGUAACGGUUUUGCUCACAUUUCUUUAUCAAGAGAAAAGAAGGACUGAAUUUGACUUCAAUAGACUGACUGGAAACAAGCAAUUCCUGUUCUUCAUCUUUGUGAAGCUUAUUUUCACAGCAGUGUAUAUCAUCAUCUAUGAACUGUUUAUAAUGAUGCCAUGAUACUGAGAAAGAAAGCCAUGUCAGGACUAUAUUUUCUGUAAUUUUAACAUUGACUAUGUUUGCUAGUUUUAUCAAUUCAUAAUAAAACUGAUAAUGAAUUA